ACAUAGACACGCACAGAGACACCGGGGCCCAGGGCCCUCCUAUGGACCCUGCCCGCUCCCCUCCCAUUGUCCACGGCUGUCCACCCACCCCCAUUCUCCAAGCUUCAGCCCCCCUCCUUAGUUCGGCAUCUGCACAGCACUGAAGAACCUGGGAGUCAGACCCUGAGACCCUGAGCAAUCCCAGGUCCAGCGCCAGCCCUAUCAUGACCAAGGAGUAUCAAGACCUUCAGCAUCUGGACAAUGAGGAGAGUGACCACCAUCAGCUCAGAAAAGGGCCACCUCCUCCCCAGCCCCUCCUGCAGCGUCUCUGCUCCGGACCUCGCCUCCUCCUGCUCUCCCUGGGCCUCAGCCUCCUGCUGCUUGUGGUUGUCUGUGUGAUCGGAUCCCAAAACUCCCAGCUGCAGGAGGAGCUGCGGGGCCUGAGAGAGACGUUCAGCAACUUCACAGCGAGCACGGAGGCCCAGGUCAAGGGCUUGAGCACCCAGGGAGGCAAUGUGGGAAGAAAGAUGAAGUCGCUAGAGUCCCAGCUGGAGAAACAGCAGAAGGACCUGAGUGAAGAUCACUCCAGCCUGCUGCUCCACGUGAAGCAGUUCGUGUCUGACCUGCGGAGCCUGAGCUGUCAGAUGGCGGCGCUCCAGGGCAAUGGCUCAGAAAGGGCCUGCUGCCCGGUCAACUGGGUGGAGCACGAGCGCAGCUGCUACUGGUUCUCUCGCUCCGGGAAGGCCUGGGCUGACGCCGACAACUACUGCCGGCUGGAGGACGCGCACCUGGUGGUGGUCACGUCCUGGGAGGAGCAGAAAUUUGUCCAGCACCACAUAGGCCCUGUGAACACCUGGAUGGGCCUCCACGACCAAAACGGGCCCUGGAAGUGGGUGGACGGGACGGACUACGAGACGGGCUUCAAGAACUGGAGGCCGGAGCAGCCGGACGACUGGUACGGCCACGGGCUCGGAGGAGGCGAGGACUGUGCCCACUUCACCGACGACGGCCGCUGGAACGACGACGUCUGCCAGAGGCCCUACCGCUGGGUCUGCGAGACAGAGCUGGACAAGGCCAGCCAGGAGCCACCUCUCCUUUAAUUUAUUUCUUCAAUGCCUCGACCUGCCGCAGGGGUCCGGGAUUGGGAAUCCGCCCAUCUGGGGGCCUCUUCUGCUUUCUCGGGAAUUUUCAUCUAGGAUUUUAAGGGAAGGGGAAGGAUAGGGUGAUGUUCCGAAGGUGAGGAGCUUGAAACCCGUGGCGCUUUCUGCAGUUUGCAGGUUAUCAUUGUGAACUUUUUUUUUUUUAAGAGUAAAAAGAAAUAUACCUAAA